AUGCGCAGCCCUGCUUCUCGGUCUGGAUCACAGCAGCGCGACUGUUUCCUGCAAAGAUCUCUGUGCAAAAACAACCAGAGGAAGCAUCACGAAGAGUUAAAGGACUCCUGUAACUGGUUCCCUGAGUCUUACAUCAUAUACCCAACCAACCUCAACACCCCAGUGGCCCCAGCCACCAAUGGCAUCAGCCACAUGAAGAGCAACCCAAAGACAGAUGAGCGAGAGGUCUUCUUGGCUUCUUAUGACUCCAGAAAGGAAAGCGGAGAGGGAACGGUGUGGAUCGCCAAAUCAUCAGCAGGUGCAAAAGGUGCAGGCAUAUUGAUAUCUCAUGAUGCAAAUGAGUUGCUGGAGUUCAUCGAUAAUCAAGGCCAAGUGCAUGUCAUUCAGAAGUAUCUGGAAAAACCGCUGCUAUUGGAGCCGGGACAUCGCAAAUUUGAUAUAAGGAGUUGGGUGCUUGUAGACCAUCAGUAUAAUAUCUACUUGUACCGUGAGGGAGUGUUGAGGACGUCUUCUGAGCCCUACAACAGCUCAGAUCUGCAGAACAUGACCAGUCACCUGACCAAUCACUGCAUCCAGAAGGAGCAUUCGCAGAACUACGGCUGCUAUGAGGAGGGCAACGAGAUGUUCUUUGAUGAGUUCAGACAGUACCUGUUGACCACACACAAUGUUGCCAUGGAAACAUCUAUUUUACCUCAGAUCAAGCAUAUCAUCAGGUGCUCCUUCACUGAAAAAGUUUUGAGUUCAAAUCUGAUUGCAUGUGUGCCUGCAAAUGAGUUAUACAAGUAGAA